UACUGUUGUGGUUGUUUCCGACUGUUUUGGCGCUUUCCAAAACUGUUUAUGCGUUAUUUUACCUUUGGCUUCAUUUCGAAGUUCACUAUGGCACGGAAACGAGCACUAGCAACCGAGGUCGAGGAAAGCAAGCCGAGUAAAAGACAGAAAACUGCUAGUAAAUCAAAGGGAACUGCAGAACAUGGAGAGGGUUCAUCGAGGAAAAGAAACGUCGAUUCAGUCCCAAAACGAGACAAACAUGGUAAACUAGUAUUCCCUGAUUUUCCAGACUUUAAGCCAAACUUGACUCCCAAAGAAGUUCUUCAGGCUGGAAGCUUUGGAGGAACAUACUUCCGACCCAUUUAUUCCAGCGUCACAGGUCAGAAAUAUUCCUCUGAUGUUUACAAAGAAUUUCCUUCUGAAUGGUUUGAAGGACUUAACAUCAAAAGGCAGGUGACAUCAUCUGUCUAUCGUAAUGAAGGCAACACUUACAAGGUGAAAUGUGGGGGCAGUUUAGAAAUGUGGGAAUCAUCUGGCUGGAUUAACAAACAAGAUCCUUAUGGCUGGUUUCAGUGGUAUUGUAGAUUUUACCUUGGGCGGCGCACAGAAGAUGAUAGACGACAGGUUGACCGAUGGAAAAACUGUACUGGAGAUAAGGGUCGUUGGCGAAAUAACCUCAUUUCCAAAUGUGUUCGAAGCGGUUGUGCUUAUGAUAACUUUGCUGUGUCACCUGUUGUAAGACAAACUCUUCAACACUGGGCCUAUAAACUGAACAAGGAAGACUUUGAUAAAUAUGCCAAGAAAGUAAAAAUAUAA